AUGGACACCACCACAGAGGACCUCGAGGGCUGCUACUACAACCGCUCUGUCAAGUUCUUUUACAACGAGAGUGGGAAGAUUAUCAGCGAGUCAUGGCGGCCCCAGGACUACGUGGUGGUGACGCUGGGCAUGGCUGUGUGCUUCAUUGUCAUCUUCUCCAACCUGCUUGUCAUCCUCGCUAUCUUCAAGAACCGCCGCUUCCACUUCCCCAUCUACUACCUGCUGGGGAACCUGGCUCUGUCGGACCUCUUCUCCGGGGUAUCGUACCUGAACAUGAUGUUCCACACCGGCCCCUGGACCAUAAAGCUCACAAAGUACCAGUGGUUUGUGCGACAGGGCCUGAUCGACACCAGCCUGACGGCCUCUGUGCUGAACCUGCUGGCCGUGGCGGUGGAGAGGCACCAGACCAUCUUCAGCAUGCAGCUCCACAGUAAGAUGAGCCGCAGACGUGUGCUCCUCGUCAUCCUGUCUAUCUGGUUGCUGGCCAUCCUCAUGGGGCUGGUGCCCACAAUGGGCUGGCACUGCCUGUGUUACCUGAGCCACUGCUCGACCAUGGCUCCUCUGUACAGCCGCAGUUACCUGGUGUUCUGGGCCGUUCUCAACCUGCUCACCUUCUCCAUCAUGCUGGCUGUCUACACUCGCAUCUUCCUGUAUGUGCGCCACAAGAGCCAGCAGAUGUCCCAGCACACAUCCCACAUGCGCUACAACGACACAGUGGUGAACCUCAUGAAGACCGUGUCCAUGAUCCUGGGUUGCUUCGUGCUCUGCUGGACCCCUGGCCUGGUGCUCCUUCUUCUGGACGGUCUGGGCUGUGAGAGUUGCCACGUCCUUCACUAUGAAAAGUACUGCUUGGUGUUGGCUGAGUGCAACUCCUUUGUAAACCCCAUCAUCUACUCGUUCCGGGACGCAGACAUGCGGCGCACCUUCCGAGAGCUACUGUGCUGCCUGUACCGCCGCCGCCGUGCACACAAGGGGCAUGCAUCAGGGGUGCAUUUCAACACGGUGGAGCAUGAGAACCACAAGUCCACCACCAGCACUGGGGAGGAGGCGGAGGAGGUGGGCCAGCCUCACAAUGGGACCCCCAGCCUGGAGAGCCAGGAGCCGCACACCGCUGAGCCCUCGUGCAUGCUGCUCAUGGAGACAAAAGCGCGGGACCUCUUCUUCUGCCAGAAGAGACGCCGCUUGGACCCAGAGAUCCCCAUCCGAGAGCCUGCCGAGGUAUGGAGCACCCGGGGGUCUGAGGAGGUGCUGCAGAAGGCUCUCAAGGCUAAUCUAUAG